CCACUUUUAAGAAGUUACCGCCCGGAGAGCCUGAAGUUACACUGAAAGUUACACCUUUUGUUUCGCGUCCGAGAGGAUUAAAUCGGUCUAAUUUGUGACUACACCUUUUUUUUUUUUAUAUAUUUGUACAAAAUGCCAUUACGGAUUGUCAUGCAGGGUCCUGGACCUUGGGGAUUUAGGCUGGUCGGGGGUAAAGAUUUCGAACAGCCGCUGACUGUUUCACGGGUAACACCAGGAAGUAAAGCAGCCCAGGCCAACCUCUGUAUUGGUGACACAAUUAUUGCCAUUGAUGGGGAGCCCACUGAUGGAAUGACUCACUUGGAAGCCCAGAAUAAGAUUAAGGGCUGUGUGGAAGAAAUGGUCCUCUCCAUAGACAGAUCAGAAUUAAAAAUGUGGUCUCCGCUUGUCUCUGAAGAUGGAACGCAUCCAUACAAAAUGAAUCUGUCCUCAGAUCUGCAGGAAGUGAAACAAAUAGGUUCUGCUCACAACAGGAGUGCUCUCCCCUUCAGUUCCCCAAGUCCCAAAGUGGUUACAAGCCAGUAUAAUAAUCCAGCAGGCUUGUACUCUUCAGAUAACAUCAAGAACUUUAACAGCACUGUUGGUGGUGCCAAGACCACUGUGAUGUCCAACGAAUCAAGUAUUAUUCCAGAUUUGUCCAAACCUGUCCAGCCAAAAUCACCAAUUGUCGUUGACUCAGAGGUCUAUAAAAUGCUGAAUGAGAACCAAGAAUCUUGUGAGCCUCCACGCCAGUCUGCAUCAUUCAAAGUUCUGCAGGAGAUCCUUGAGACUGGUGAUGCUGACAAACCCUCUGGAUUUAGAAGUGUGAAAGCACCCACUACAAAAAUUGCUUCUUCAUUGGGUGGUACAGAGAAACUCUCCAUCUGUGACAGAUGUGGCUCAGGGAUUGUGGGCAUGUUUGUCAAACUACGAGAUCAGUACCGGCACCCCGAGUGCUAUGUCUGCACUGACUGUGGAACAAAUUUGAAACAAAAAGGACACUUUUUUGUUGAGGACAAGAUUUACUGUGAGAAGCAUGCUCGUGAACGAGUGACACCUCCUGAGGGUUAUGAUGUCGUCACUGUCUUUCCAAAAUAAUCGCCUUAUCGGUUAUGUAUAAAUACUGCACAUUUCCCUGUUUUGAUGAAUCCUGUACAAAUUGCAUUUGCACUUCAUGUGGUUAGUUUUCCAUUGUGUUCUGUCAGUGUUUUAAUUAGUAAAUGGUUACAUCUAUUCAGAUUAAUGUACAAUAUUUGCAUACUCCUCACAUCAUGGACACUAUCCUCAUGAUGUGCUUCUAAUAUUAGACAUUCCAUCUUCAAAGACAUUCCACAAGUGAAACAUAAGUGCAUUGGUGCUAUAAUUCUUAUGGAGACACAAAUAUUCAAAAGGACAAGGGAAAACAGUGCCUAAAAUCGUGUGCAUAAGUAUGAAUAGUUACAGUGGUAAACUUUGUUUUAUGGCACAUUCACUGUAACCAUUAAAGAUUUUGGGACCAAUGAUUUUAUCUCACUGGAAUAAUGAAAAAUCUCAUGCUUCAGCUUUUUCUGGAAGCUCCAUAUAUGAGCAAUAAUGCCGUAUCAUUUCAUAAUCUUAAGUUUGGUUUCUUAAGGACAGUUUAUUUCAAGUUAAGUAUUACGUCCUUACUGCCAAGAGCUUUUCUGCAAAACCAUGUAAUAAAUCUGACUGAAUCAAAUAAAUUCUUUUAAUGCCAA